AGCACAGGUUUACAGUCAGUCGCGCGCUAACCAUCGGUGGGGACACACACACGCCGUCUGAUCGCUCACUCACUCUCCUCGCUCUCCCGCCCUGGUGGAGGCGCCGCUCACAUAGUGUGGCCAGGGUCUGCGGCCUCUUAAGGGAGGGGCAGCCGCGGCGGGUUCGGCGGACACGGCCACCGGGAGAGAAUGUAGGAACACACGCUUGAGGGUUCAGGGAGACAGCGACGAGUCCAGCACCAGCACGCCAAGCCUUCAGUCAUGGUGAACUUCUCCAGGUGGCGGCGAGAGCGACGCUGCUGGCUGGUGACCGCGGCCUGAGCCACCGCCUGUCGGGGAGCCACUUGACGGAGGAGCCAGGAGACGACAACAGCCGGGACACAGACAGACUAACACAGCCACAUACACGCUACCGGAGCAACAGUGACGGAGAGACUAAAGCGAACACAGACCAAGCUACACUGAAGGAGUCACAGAGGUACAAAGACUGAAGAAACUCACCCAGAACCACAGACAUUGAUCAAGAGAGAUACAUACAAAGACUAACGUAACCACAAACACACUAACAUAGCAACAGACACACAGGCUCACAGACGCACAGACAAACAUACACACUAACGGACGGAUUCACAGAGAUACAUAGACCUAACCACAGACAGACUUAAAAAAAAAACAGACACACAGAGCCAUAUACAAAGACUAACGUAGCUAUAGACACACACAGACCAGACUUAAAACACGGACUGAAACACACGGACACACAACCCACGCGCACAAACAGACCCACAGACACACUAACAGACAGAGCCCCAAGGAUACAAAGACACACAAACACUGAGUCACACAGACACAGAAAGAAACAAACAUUGACUAAAACAAACAUAAAAACAUCAACAGAACCCCAAACGCACACCUUCCUGACCUCCCUCCUCUACCAUCUCUGUGACCUGACCUGACCCUGACCUCUGACCUGGCAUGGAGGGUCGCGGCUCCCCCGUCGGCGCCUCCUACGUCAGGCUGGUCAGCAGGAGUGACCUGGUGUGGGCGGCCCUGGCUCUGGUGCUCUUCACCCCCCUGACCGUAGUGAGCGAGGACAAGGAUGAGCUGCCGCGGUUCAUUGAGGACGUCCCCAACAUCACGGUGACAAUGGGACGCGAUGCCCUCCUGCCCUGCACCGUGGAACAGCUCAAGGGCUUCAAGGUGGCGUGGGUGCAGGUGGACACACAGACGAUCCUCACCAUCCACAAGCAGGUGAUCACGAGGAACCCGCGGAUCGCGCUGCUGCACAACGACCACCGCUCGUGGCACCUGGAGCUCAAGAACGUGCGGGAGAAGGACCGCGGCUGGUACAUGUGCCAGGUCAACACCGACCCCAUGAGGUCCAAGCAGGGAUAUGUCGACGUUGUGGUGCCUCCCGACAUCAUUGACCGUGAGUCGUCCGGUGACCUGACCAUCCGUGAGGGGCAGGACGUGACCCUGACCUGCCGCGCCAAGGGCCACCCCACCCCCAGCAUCGUGUGGCGGCGCGAGGACAACCAGGACAUCGUGCUGGACUCCGACAAGGCAGACGUGGGCGACCUGGGCGUGGCGGCGGCGGAAGUAGGCGCUGGGACGGACUCGGCCCACACGGUGAAGUCGGUGGAGGGGGAGACGCUGGUGAUGAAGCGGGUGUCGCGCCUCCAGAUGGGCUCCUACCUCUGCAUCGCCUCCAACGGCAUCCCGCCCUCCAUCAGCAAGAGGACCCAGCUUCGCGUGCAGUUCCCCCCCGUGGCGUGGGUGCCUCAGCAGCUGGAGGGGGCGUACGUGGGCCAGGAACUGACCAUCGAGUGUCACACCGAAGCUUUCCCGAAGAGCAUCAACUUUUGGACAAACACGAACGGCGACAUGGUGGUGGCGGACGAGCGCUAUGAACCCAUCGUGGCGGAGACAUCCUACAAGGUGUACAUGAAACUGCGGAUCCGUCGCGUCGAUAAAAAGGACAUCGGGACCUUUCACUGCAUCGCCAAGAACUCGCUGGGGGAGACGGACGGCGCCAUCAGGAUAUACGAGAUCGAGCCGCCCAAGGCCCAGAGCAACGGCGUCUUUGAGGUGGUAGAGGCUGACGGCGGCUCGGGCGAGGGUUCAACACCUGGGCCACAGAUACACCUCAACAAAGAGCUUAAGAAGUACGAGGACGGCCGCCACCCGAAGGGAAUCAACGACGUGACAGACGGCUACCCGCGCCCCAAGAACUACGACAGCAAAGGCCCAGGGCACCACACGGAUACCCAGCGAGGCCUCCAGCAGCCCAGCUUCGGCCUCUCCUUCGGCCAGAGCAGCGGCGCCCGACCAGCCUCCGCCCCCGCCUGCCUCGCCGCCGCCGCCAUCCUACUCGCGGCCGCCCUCCUGCCUCACUGGGCCGCUCGCUCCCUCCUGCGUGGCCCCGGGAACUGCUGAAGACGCUGACGAAGGGAGGAAGAAUAGGAAAACUACUAGAGGAGAUGAGGAGAAAAAAAAGGAAAAGAACAUGAAGCCAGCAGAAGAAAAUGGUGUGAGUAAAAGGAAAAUGAGUAAUGGUUGAAUAGAAAACGAGGAUAUAUUUACAGGAAAACGAAAAAUGACGAAAAGAAAACGAAUGAAGGAAGAACACGAAGCCAACUACAGGAGAAAGGAUGUGAGUUGAAGGAAAAUGGUUGUGAAUGGAAGGAAAACGAAUAUAAUGAUCGAGAAAUGGAUGAGAAGAAAAGAAAGAUACAUUAAGGAAAACAACAAAAACAAUAACACGAAACCUACUACAGCCAGAAGAGACAAAAAAAAAAAGAGUUGUUAAAAGAAAAUGGGAAAUAAUUGAAGAAAAGAAAACGAGGGAUACAUACAUUGGCCUCGUGUUUUUUUUUUUUUUGGAAUCGAAUCAUCAAAGGAAUGUGAAUGAAAUAAA